AUGCUACCGGCGGCGGUGAAGCCGAGGAGCCGGCCUGGCGGCUGCGUUGACUGUUCGAGCAUCUAAAUAAUUAUUUAUGGGUUCCGUCGAUAAGAAAACCAGCAAGCCGGCCUUCGAGAAGGUUUCAUCACAGGUGUCUCCUCCGCUGAAGAUAUAAACUUUGAGAGCUUGGGAGGAUAGACAACGGCAGCUGCGAUGAAGCGGGCGAAGCGUGUCACCGACCCAUUCGACAACGAGCUCCGGCGAACUGGCGGUGAGUUCGUCGGAGAUUUCUUCUUCCCCGACUACGAGGACUCCGACGACGCUCGUCGCGCCGACGAGGAUAGCGGUGGCGGGUUCGAGGGAUCCGACGACGAGGGGCGGCCGUUCGUCUACUCCGUUCCCGUUGCACUGAUGAUCCGAGACCUGGUGACACUGAGGGCGGCGCCGCCGGCGGAGGAGUGGCUCCGGCGAAACCUUACGGCGGACGCUAUCGCGGCGGCAAACAGGUUCGCCGGGCUGAGGCAAGAUCGGGCGGCAUUUCAGCGGCCGGUGAUGAUGUUCCUCCGGGAGAUGGGCUACGACGCCGGGCUCUGCAACACAGCCGCCUGCGAGAGCGGCUGCGCCGGCUACACCUACAUCGACGUGCUCGCUUCCACAACGGCACCGCCGGCGAUCCAGAAGAGAUACAUCGUCGACGUGAACUUCGCGGAGGAAUUCGCAAUCGCGCGGCCGACGGAGGAGUACGAGAGGCUGCUGCGGGAGCUGCCGCCGGUGUUCGUGGGGACGGCGUUGGAGCUCCGGCGACUGCUGGAGAUCCUCGCCGACGCCGCCAGGAGGUCUCUGCGGUCGAGGGAGAUGUACCUCCCACCAUGGCGGAGGAGCCGAUACAUCCUGGCCAAGUGGCUCGACCCUCACCGACGAUCCGUCGGGACCUCGUCUCCCUCCUCCCGGCUGGUGGCGGCGCCGUUCGUUCGCGGAGACGUGAAGCGCCGGCUUGUGGGAUUCGACGCGGCAGCGAGCGCCGUCCUCCCGGCGGCGGCUCGAACGCGUUGA